AUGAAGGCAUCUUUCGCAUCUCUCGUCUCUUUCCUGCUUCUCGUCAAUGCCGCGCUUGCGGUCCCUGCUGCAGUCAACGACCGCGUCGGAGGCAUGUCAUACGCGAAGCCGGAAGGCGUGAGUGGUGGAUCAAUAAAUCUGACGACGCUUCCUCUUGUAGUCAUGAAACGGAACUCGGCCGGGGACGGCAAGGACAAGGACGGGGCCUCAGCGUCAUACCAAUGGAGCAGUGCAUACCAAUAUGAAGAAGACAUAGGCAAUGACGUUUCCGGUGUGCAAUGAACCAUCUGCUAUGUCAUACGGUCGGACUUGACAGACUUGAUUUUGGCAGAUGCGGACUCCUGGACCAAGGCCUGAAUCCCGCAGGACGACAG